AGCCUGCUUGGUCCCUCUCCCACUCACGCUCUGGAAGCCCGUCUGCUGGAUGGGACACUGCUGGAUUGUCUUUGCCAGGAUAGACUGGUUAGGUACUAGAUGCCCAUCUUCUGAAAGCAGAAUGAUCAGACAAGGCUGCCAACUUAUUCUCAUCCACCUCUUCAACAUCUUUGCACACAGAGGAGUUACCUCUCAGGACAUUCUGUAUCCCUUUGGACCUGACCAUGGAGAUUUAGAGACCCCAAAAAUGGAUGAUGGGAGUUCUCCUGAAAUUACUUUGCUCAUGCCAUUUGUUUUCUUCAACAUCCCCUAUCGUUCCAUUUAUGUUAACAACAACGGUGUGAUCUCCUUCAACGUGCAGGUUAGCCAGUUUACACCCGAGGCCUUCCCCCUCAGCGACAGCAGGUCAUUUAUCGCCCCGCUGUGGGCAGAUGUGCACAACGGGAUCCGUGGAGAUGUGUACUACAGAGGGUCCACCGAACCAGAAAUAUUACAGCGUGCAUCAAAAGACGUCCGCAAGUACUUCAAAAACAUGCAUGCCUUCAGAGCAACCUGGGUGUUUAUUGCAACAUGGCACCAAGUCACCUUCUACGGAGGAAGCCAGACAACCCCGGUGAACACAUUUCAGACGGUACUAAUCGCCGAUGACACUGCAUCCUUCACCAUGUUCAACUACGGGGAAAUUACCUGGACCACAGGCACGGCCAGCGGCGGCGACCCAUUAACCGGACUGGGUGGAACAACAGCUCAGUCAGGUUUCAAUGGAGGAGACAUUGGUCAUUUUUUCAACCUGCCUGGAUCGCGGUCAAAUGAUGUGGUCAACAUUGAACAGACCACCAAUGUAAAUAUUCCUGGACGCUGGUUCUUCCGUGUGGACACUGAUCUCAUCGAUCCCGCCAAUGGCUGCAGCUACAAUGGGCGUUUUUACAGACGAGGGGAGGUCUUCUGGCUGUCUGACCAGUGUUCACAGCGCUGCCGCUGUCUUGACACCGAAAAUCAGGUGCAUUGUCAGGAGGCACCGUGCGGUCAACUCGAGACCUGUGAGCAGCAGGAAGGAGCUUUUUACUGCCAACCCAUCCGCACCAGCACCUGUGUGGUGUUUGGUGACCCUCAUUACCACACAUUCGAUGGAUUCCUCUAUCACUUCCAGGGAACCUGCUCUUAUCUGUUGGCUCGACCCUGCUGGGAGGUUGCAGGACUGCCUUUUUUCAGUAUUGAGGCCAAAAAUGAGAACAGGGGUGUUGCCUCUGUUUCUUGGCUGAGAGAUGUCACAGUGGAGGUCUACGGUCACCGAGUUAUGUUGCACAAAGGCAGCCUGGGCUCAGUCCAGGUGGACGGCUUGACAAAGACUUUGCCUGUGCAGCUUCAGCUCGGUGCUGUCAGGGUGUACCAGUCUGGAGUUGCUGUUGCAGUAGAAACGGACUUCGGACUCUUGGUAACCUAUGACGGCCAACACUACGCAUCGGUCUCUCUACCAAGUUCCUACUUCAACAACACUUGUGGGCUCUGUGGAAACUAUAAUGACAAUCCUGCUGAUGACCCUGUACUGCCUGAUGGCUCACUAGCAGGAAAUGUGGCGGAAUUAGGCGGCAGCUGGCGAGCAGAAGACACAGACUGGAGGUGUACACAUGGCUGUGCUCAGAACUGUAGCACGUGCGACCCUGUUACUGAAGCCUUUUACUUUCGCUCAGACUACUGUGGGCUGAUUAACAAGACUGAUGGACCGUUUAGAGACUGCAGAGCUGUGGUGGAUCCCACGGCCUUCAUUUACAGUUGUGUGUAUGAUAUGUGCAGCAACAGAGAUAACAUCACUGCGCUCUGCCAGGCCAUUCAGGCCUACGCUCUGGCCUGUCAAGCUCUGGGUGUCACCAUACGACCAUGGAGGUCUCAAACAUUUUGUGCUUUGUCAUGUCCCGACUUCAGUCAGUAUCAGGUAUGCACCAGUGCGUGUCCCGCCUCCUGCUCAGACCUCACGGCGCCCCUGUACUGUGCGCACCCUUGCACUGAGGGCUGCCAGUGCGACCCCGGCUAUGUGCUAAGCGGCAGCCACUGUGUUCAGCUUGAAGACUGCGGCUGUGAGUAUAACGGUCUGUAUUAUCCUCGCAAUCACAAAUUCUGGUCAGGUCCCAGUGGCGAAGAUGACAAGUGCGCCCGCCGCUGCACCUGUGGGCCUGCCGGUGAGGUCUCCUGUUUCAAUGAGUCCUGCAAGGAAGAUGAGGUGUGCGCGGCUGAAUUGGGAUUGCUGGGUUGCUACCCUCUGAGAGAGGGUGUGUGUUCAGUCACUGAGAACUCUGUGGCUUCCUCUUUUGAUGGCACCUUCCUGUCGUUUCCUGAUGACAGCUCUUAUUAUCUGCUCAAACUUUGCGGCGCAGUUCCUGCUAACGGUUCAGUGGUGGAGGUGAAGAUAGGCAGGAAGUUGGUGAACAAAGGCCCAGUUUGGAAACGACCGGUGAUAGUUACAGUGGCUAAUUUGGAGGCGCAGUUGGGAGGAAUGGAUUUUGAUAUCGUAAAGAUAAACGGUGAACCAGUGGUCCUCCCAUACGUCCAUCCAAUGGGAAUGAUGAUGAUUUACAGAGCACCAGGCAAUGCCACUGUGGUGGAGUCAGGUGGUCUGCUUCGUGCUCACUAUACUCGCCAAGGAUUGCUCAACAUCUCGCUCUCUGUCCUCUUCUACAAUGUUACAUGUGGUUUAUGUGGAGUCUUCAACAGAAACGCCACUGACGACCUUCGUCUCCCCAGUGGGAGACUGGCAGAGUCGACUGAACAGUUCACCGAGGGCUGGAGGGCAAUUGCUGAUGACCUCACCUGCAACGGUGACUGUGAUGACUUGUAUCGUAUGUGCACAGAUUUGCGCCUCUAUCAGAGUCCCUGGAUGUGUGGUAACAUCAACGACCCGGGGAACAGUUCCUUUCUGGCAUGUCACGCCAUGGUCAACCCGUCACCAUUCUUCAGGAACUGCCUGUAUAACAUGUGCAUAAAGGAAGGGAAUCGCUCAGCCCUUUGCUCUUCCAUGCAGGCCUACGCGACCGCCUGCCAGGACGCUCAAGUUGGCCUGGCUUCAUGGAGGAGCGUCACCAACUGCCGUAAGUCCAUAUAUUGA